GGCCUCAGAAAACCAAUCCCCUAACGCCAGAGCGCUCUCCUCCUCUUUGGCUCUCUUUCCUUCGCGGGUAGCAGUGUAGCAGAUGACUGGAUGAUGGCUAUCACAAUGAACUCCUCGUUGGACUUCGGCACGGCGGUAAGGAUCCAAAGUGUCCCAGGAUCUUCAGCAACGUGCAAUCAGAAUUCGUUAUGGGUGCAACGUCCUAACUGGAAGGUAAACUUUGUUGAGAUUCCAUUGAGGCUAUGGCUUGGGCCAAGGAGGUACAAAAACGAUGUUAGAUGGAGCAAAAUCCCCUCGGCAACAGAUAGUAAUGAGGCAGCAGCAGAACCAAACAUUGCAGACUCUACAAGUACUGAAACAACUGUAGCCAACGAUCAGCUUUCAUCAUCUAAUGUUCAGAUUGAUGUGAAUGGUAGUGGCCAAACCUCCCCUAAAGUGCAGGAGCCUGCACCAAAAAGAUCACCUUUGACGGCGAGGGAGAAGCUAAGGGCGGCGCGUGUCCUCAGUAAAUAUGCAGAAUCGCAGCCUUCCAAACCAAAACCUGGGAGUAGAGUAUUAGAUGCAUUAAGAGAGAGUGAUAAAGGUAAGAAAAGGUUCGGCCUCCCAGAAGCUCCCACAGAUCUAUUAGAUGAUAGCAAGCGUGGGCUUCCAAAGCAAGGAUUGACCUUUGAUCUGCCUGGGGGCACCGAUCUGUUCAUCAUUGUCUUCUCUUUUAUCUUCAUUAGCACGGUCAUGUUUGCGACAACUUACAUUGUGUGGAAAUCCGGUGCUAUACAUUUUAAUGAAUAUUGAGGAGAAGGCAGCCCCUGUAGUCAACAGUGGAAGCAACCUUACAGUUCUCUGCAUAUCCUGAUAGCUGUUUGAAGGCAAAAUAAUAGGAGACAUAAUGGCAAGUGUAAUAUUACUCAAUAACAGAUUGUUUCUACUGCAUUGGUGCUCAUCUGAAGAAUUGUUUUAGGCCAUUGUGAGUUGCACAAGUUCCUGUUUUAUAAUUCUAUUUUCUAUACUCAAUGUGACCCAACUUAAGAUGGCAGUGUAUCUAAGAAAAGAAGUAAUAGUAAAUUUUACUGGACCUUUUGCA